GACGGAGCCGUUGCAACGGAGCAGGAAACGCCCGUAUUGCAACAUUCACGCAAGACGUGUUGCGAGAAAAAACAAGCGUCGCUUCGUCAGACCAGAACACAUCGGAGAGUGAGCAUCAUGUUUCUGACGUCGCGCACCGGACUUCUCGUGCUCUUCGAAGGAGCUCUUGCAGGUGUCGUAUUCGGGGCACUCGGAUUCAGUCGCGAAUCAACACGGUUCUGGGACGAAGAGUUCGUACUGAUAGCUAACGCCUUUUUAGUGCUUAGCAACUCGGUCUACCUGCUGGCAGCCGGUAUCGUGAGCGGCGACACGAUAAAGAUCAACCUUUACAACCUUCUCUAUCACGGCUGCGCUGCUGGUAUCUACAUUUCCACAACAAUAGCCUACUUCAGGCUUCACGUGGACAAGGAUCAACACUUGCAGGUUGCAUCAAAUGCUCUGGGCAUGUUCGCUGCUGUACUUCACAUCAUUCACAUGAUCUUCGCUCUUAAGGGACAGCACUGAUCGCUGAGGACAGGUCCGUCAUCAGUGCCACGGCAAUGGCCACUGAUCGUUGUUCGUCGGACGUAUUUGGCUACAAGGGAGGACCAAGCAACACAGCAACAGGAAGUGCAUCCACGGAGUUUCGCAGCUAGACAUAGCUCAAAAUAUUUUUAAGCGCCUCGUCGUGUGGUGUUGAACUGGUCGUUUCCUUCUUUAUCCUCUUUUUACUCAGAACACAAAAAAUAUACAUUGUUUACACGGGCUUCUUGACUCAGAGUGUAGCGUUGGUGCACUGUUGCACUGUGAUAUCUAUUGAGAGCAUGCAUUGACUCGGUGUUGACAUGUAAAUGUACGCAAAUUAUUUCAGUGACUCGAAUAAUUAAAGCCGCGAUAUAUUGGAAGACUAGGGCAUGUCUGAACUGUAAGGAAUUCCGUCGUUAUACCGAAAGCUUUGAUUGCCUUCUCCGUCGCUCUCUCUCUUACACUUCCGGAGGCAAGAGGCACUGUUGUCGGUCGUCUGCCUUCGUGAAGAGUUUUCUGUUCGACUUUUACUUGACACUACUGUAAUAAAACACGGGGCUGUACAGAGAAUACA